GUGGGCGGGGCUGUGGGGGGGCGGGGCUUUGCUCCGGUGCUGCUGAAGGGACGGAUACUGUUGACGGACUGACUUCCGGUUGGUUUCUAUGGCGGCGCUCAGAGACCCCACAGAUGGAGGCUACAGUCCGGUUGUCCAGGCCGGUGUUACAGCUGACUCUGGCUCUGGUCAAGCCCGACGCGGUGGCUCACCCCCUGAUCCUGCAGGCCAUUCAUCAGAAAAUUCUGGAAAAUAACUUCAUCAUCGUGACAAACCGGGACCUGACGUGGAGCCGCGAGGCUUCCCAAACCUUUUACUCACAGCAUUCAGGCAGGUUUUUCUACCAGAGACUGGUCGAGUUCAUGUCCAGUGGUCCUUUACGUGCCUACAUCCUGGCCCACGAGGAUGCAAUCAGACACUGGAGGAAAAUAAUGGGCCCCACUCAGGUUUGCCGCGCACGAUACACAGCUCCACACACCAUCCGGGGGUCAUACGGCCUGACAGACACCAGGAACAGCACACACGGCUCAGACUGCCCUGAAUCAGCCUCGAGGGAGUUGGCCACCUUCUUCCCGGAGUUCAGUGAGGGAGCCUGGGCAGCGAGCGGGCACAGCCGUGGUGACUUCCUGUACCACACAGAGCGGCAGGUACACUUGGUCAGGUCCCGGGAGGCAGAGUGAGCGAGGGAGCCCCACACCCCAGGGGGAGAUCCCAGACAAGAGCCUCUGAUCACUGGAUUGUCACUGGCCUCUGAGCAGUGACUGAGUCUCGGCUCCGAGCAACUAAGCACAGAGCCGUGCUGGUUAUCCUUCCCAUUCAGUCGGCACUGCUGGUGGGUCUGCUGCGUUUAGAUCCCCUCAGCACGUUGUUACAUCUCUGCUGAAGCCCAAUAAAUUGCUUAAUGGAAAAUAAUGUUGAGAGCGAACCCGGAACGGAUUGUAGAGGCGGGAAAGACACCUGUCAAGUGUCAAGUGAAAUACAUGACCUGAUACUUA